GGGAAAAAGAGGAUUAUUUAUUCUUGUAAUCAUAAUUAAAUUACACUAAGCUGUUAUAUAUAAUCCUCUGUUUUGUUUAGGCACGGAACUGCCACCGCGUUUAGUUAGUAGGGCUCAAGAUAAACCCCCGCCCCGUUGAGGUUUUUGAUUUUCCGAACAAAACGCAGGUAGUAGUUUCAUAACCCUAAUGACCCCGAUAAUGUCGGCGACUUCUCCGAUUCCGAUUCCGACUGAUACAUGGAAGCUAGGCUUCAUCGGAGCCGGCAAAAUGGCCGAGAGUAUUGCCAAAGGCGUUGUUCAAUCGGGUCUCCUACCCGCUGCCAGGAUCCGAACCGCUCAUCUUGGCUCCGCUCGCCGUACCGCUUUUCAAUCCUUCGGCGUCACCGUUGUCGAUCACAAUGAUCAGGUUGUUGAAGACAGUGAUGUGGUGAUUUUAUCAGUCAAGCCUCAAGUUGUUAAAGGCGUGGUUCUUGAGUUGAAACCAAAACUUUCAAAAAAGCAGCUUCUGGUUUCAGUUGUUGCAGGAGUGAAAUUGAAAGAUUUGCAGGAAUGGUCUGGGCAUGAUCGUUUUAUUAGGGUUAUGCCAAACACCCCUGCUGCUGUAGGCAAGGCAGCCUCAGUCAUGAGCUUGGGGACGGCUGCAACAGAAGAGGAUGCAGAACUAAUAUCUAAAUUAUUUGGAGCAAUCGGGAAGAUAUGGAAAGCUGAUGAGAAACUUUUUGAUGCAAUUACUGGCCUGAGUGGUAGUGGCCCAGCAUAUAUGUUUUUAGCAAUAGAAGCUUUGGCUGAUGGAGGGGUAGCUGCAGGUCUUCCCCGGGAUUUGGCUCUUGGUCUAGCUUCUCAGACUGUACUAGGAGCAGCAACCAUGGCCACUGCAACAGGGAAGCAUCCUGGCCAGCUUAAAGAUGAUGUUGCCUCACCGGGUGGGACGACAAUUGCAGGUAUUCAUGAGCUGGAGAAGGGUGGUAUUCGUGGGAUCUUUAUGAAUGCUGUUGUUGCUGCAGCGAAGCGCAGCCGAGAACUUUCCCAGGGCUAGAUAUUCAAUUUAACAAGCUAGUUUAUUAGUUAAUCAACUUCACUACAUGCUCUUCAAAGUAACUUAACAAAUUUUGCUUUGCUAUUUUAAAGCGCAUAUCUGAGGUGCCAAAACAGAUUUGUUUUAGAUUUAGAUGUUCCUUGAGGCAACUUCCAGCAUAUUUUUCUGUUGAAUGUUUUACCAGAUGUUAUGCUAUCCAUUUUGGGCAAAAUGAGUUUAGGUUCCAGUUUCCUA